AUGGCGCCCGGCAAACAUUUCUGAGCUUCGGCGCUACCCGCUAACGCCCGGGGUUGGGGACAGGGGCUCCAGAAGCAGCCUGGAAAGGGGUGGUCGACAACUCCCAAGCCCGUCGCCACCAUGCCCGUUUCUCCGACAAACAGCCGCAAGCAGCCAAACCUCUCGCCGAAUAAUGCCUCACUAUUACCAAGGAAGUCUAUUAGCUUUAAUGCCACAAGAAAAGCUCCAAACAAAGGAUAUAUUGGUGCAAAUCAAAGCAAAUUGACUGUAUCAAGAAACUUACUUAUUCCACCUGAAAUGAGAUCAAUAGAAAAAUUGAAUAUUCCCAACAUUAAGACAAUACAGGUGUUUGAUGCAAAUGGAAUUGAUGUUACUCCCCGACCUCUUUAUUGUCCAGACCCACAUGUUGGUACAGCAAAACCAAGUAAACUACUGACAUCACAAGAAGGAUCACUUGGAUCAGAAUUUAUUUCUUCCUAUAGCCUGUAUCAGAAUACAGUAAAUCCUAGUAUGUUAGGGCAGUUUAUAAGAUCAGUUAUAGGAAGCAGUACCAUUUCUAAGUCAAGUAUAUCAACAACUGAAUCAAUAGCAGAAGACAUAGAAGAACCAUCCUUUAGACGAGAAAGACUAUCUAGUUUAACAGAUUUACGAGUUAUGAGGGCAGUGCCUGAAACAACUAUAACAAAAGAAGACCUUGAGAAGAAUAUAGAGAUAAUACUUACAGAGUCGGAAAUGCUACGAUUUUUUGACUUGCCAACAGUUACGAUCUCUGUAGAAUCUGAAGAAGCUGAGAAAGUAACCCAAGGAAAUAAGAAUUAUGAAAGCCUUUGUAAAAAUAGAUUAGGCAAUGACUUAUAUGUUGAAAGGAUGAUGCAGACUUUUAAUGGUGCACCAAAGAAUAAAGAUGUUCAGUGUGAUAAAAUCAUAACAGAAGACAAAGGCAUGAUGGCCACUACCUCGGAUUUGUUUGAUUCAUACAAUGCUCUAGAACUUUCAUCUUUAUCAUCAAAACAAUCUGCAAUUAAAUCAGAUAGUAAAGCAAAUGUACGUCCUAAAGAUUGGGAUCAAGGGCCGGCACAAAGUACCAUAGGGAAAAGUAGUGAAGCUAGUUCUCUUAUGGAUAUAGAAAAUGUAAUUAUGUCUAAAAUCCAUGAUGAUGAAGAGGACCACUCAGAUGCAAUAUUAAAAUCUGAUAAAUUUCAUCAAGAUUUAUUUUUCAUGGAACGUGUUCUAAUGGAAAAUAUAUUUCAACCCAAACUUGCAGCUUAUCGUCAACUUCCUAUUUUAAAAGAACUUGAACCUGAAGAGCCUAAAGAGGUUUUAGAAGGAGAAAAACUUGAAGAAGUAGAGGAAGAAGUUAAGGAGGAGGAGGAAGAAAUAGAAGAAAUAGUUGGAGAACCAGCCAAUUUGGAACGACUUUGGUCUUUUUCCUGUGACUUAACCAAAGGCCUUAACAUAAGCAGCCUUGCCUGGAAUAAAACAAAUACAGACCUUUUGGCUGUGGGCUAUGGGCACUUUGGAUUUCGAGAGCAAAAUAGAGGAUUGGCUUGCUGCUGGUCAAUAAAGAAUCCCAUGUGGCCAGAACGCAUUUAUCAGAGUCCAUAUGGAGUUACUGCUGUGGAUUUUUCAAUUGGAACACCUAACCUGCUAGCAGUUGGCUAUCACAAUGGUACAAUUGCAGUUUAUAAUGUACAGAGCAACACGGAUGUUCCAAUUCUGGAUAGUAGUGAAUCACCUCGAAAACAUUUGGGACCUGUAUGGCAACUACAGUGGAUAGAACAAGAUCGAGGAACAACAGGUGAUGACAAAAGAGAAAUCCUAGUUUCUAUAUCAGCAGAUGGAAGAAUCUCCAAAUGGGUUAUACGAAAAGGAUUGGACUGUCAUGACUUGAUGCGAUUGAGACGAACUACUGGUGGCAUCAACAAGAAAGGAGGGGAAAAAGAGAAGAAAGGUGAAGCUUUGAUAUCUCGACAGGCUCCUGGAAUGUGUUUUGCUUUUCAUCCCAAGGACACAAAUAUCUAUUUGGCUGGCACUGAAGAAGGUCAUAUUCACAAGUGUUCUUGUUCAUAUAAUGAACAAUACCUAGAAACCUACAGAGGACAUAAGGGCCCAGUGUAUAAAGUAACAUGGAACCCAUUUUGUCAUGAUGUAUUCUUAAGCUGUUCUGCAGAUUGGGGUGUUAUGAUUUGGCAUCAGGAGAAUCUCAAACCAUUUUUGAGUUUUUAUCCAACUACUCACGUUGUUUAUGAUGUUGCCUGGUCUCCAAAAUCAUCCUAUAUAUUUGCAGCUGCUAAUGAAAGCAGAGUGGAGAUUUGGGACCUUCACAUUAGCACUUUGGACCCUCUGAUUGUGAAUGUGGCUAACCCUGGAAUCAAAUUCACAACUAUUCUCUUUGCCAAACAAACAGAUUGUCUGCUAGUGGGAGACAGUGAUGGACAAGUCGCUGUGUAUGAACUGAGAAAUAUGCCUACUGCUUUGGACUCUGGCCGAGGAGAUGCAAUAAACGCUUUGCUUGGACCCAAGUCAAACUAACCAGGAUAAUUCAUCAUUUAUAAUAUUUUGUUGUUGUUGUUUAAAGAAAAAGGAACAGUGUUCAGUAUUUAAUAGUUUGUAUAAGUAGGCUGUAAGCUAGGAUUUUGAUUAUA